GGUAUUGCGGCAUUAUGGGAUUGGUGAGAGCUGCAUGUGUAGUUCUUUCUGAGAGAAUUUCAACCAUGGCACAAAACAAAUUCAUUGACAUCGGGGUGAACCUGACAGAUCCCAUGUUCAGAGGACUCUACAGAGGGAAGCAGAAACAUGACGAUGACUUCAGUGAGAUCAUUGAGCGAGCUCUCAAAGUAGGAGUUGAAAAGUUUAUGAUCACAGGGGGGAGCCUUGACGACAGCAGGGAAGCUCUUAAACUAGCUGAGACCAGAGAUGAGUUCUACUGCACGGUCGGCUGCCAUCCCACCCGGUGCGGCGAGUUUGAGCAGAAUGGAGAAUCCCAGUAUUUAACUGGGCUGAGGGAGCUGGCAGCAGCACACAGAGGAAAGGUGGUGGCCAUCGGAGAGUGUGGACUGGAUUUUGACAGGCUGGAAUUUUGCCCAAAAGAAACUCAGCUCAAAUACUUUGAGAAGCAGUUUGAUCUGGCGGAGGAGACCAAGCUGCCCAUGUUCCUCCACUGCAGAAACUCCCAUCAGGAGUUCAUCGACAUCAUGAAGAGAAAUCGAGAUCGAUGUGUUGGAGGAGUGGUCCACUCGUUUGAUGGAACUGCAGAAGACGCUGCUGCUGUCAUUGACCUGGACCUCUAUAUUGGAAUAAAUGGAUGUUCCUUGAAAACAGAGGCCAAUAUUGAAGCUAUGAAGUCGAUCCCCACAGAAAGGCUCAUGAUAGAAACAGAUGCCCCGUGGUGUGGUGUGAAGAACACUCAUGCCGGGUCCAAAUAUGUUAAAACUACAUUUCCCACAAAGAAGAAGUGGGAAGCAGCACACUGCCUGAAGGACCGGAAUGAGCCCUGUCAUAUCAUACAAGUCCUGGAGGUGAUGGCAGCAGCGAGGGAGGAGGAUCCACUGGAGCUGGGCAACACAAUCUACAACAACACUGUCAAAGUCUUCUUCAGCUCAAGCUGAUAAUAAAUGACAUCAUCAGA